GCUAACCUCGGAGAAAUGCAACCACCAUUUGCAUUUCUCCAAACAACAACUUUGUUACAGAAACUGUUUCGUAAUUCAAUUCAAUCCUUGUUACCUACACCAACAUUAAUUGAUGUAACAUAACAUAUUCUCUAAUUCCUUAACAAACUGUCUCAUAAUUUCCGUUUUGACUUUUACAGCCUCAAAUUCUUCAUCAUACCACCUUGCAAUCCAAACAACAUUUUCUCAAUCUUAACAUUCCCCCUCCUCCACCCUUAAUCCUCUCACAUUCUUCUUCUUUCACAAUUCUUUCAUUUUUCGGUUCCUUCAUUCGUAAGGUUUCUAUUUUGAUUUUGAACAAUUUGUAAGUGCCGGAAUGGAGCAGCUCCGGCAUAUUGGUGAGGUUCUUGGGAGUUUGAAAGCUCUUAUGGUUUUACGCGACGAUAUUCAGAUCAAUCAACGACAAUGUUGUUUGAUUCACGACAUAUUCACUCUAGCGUUUGACACGAUCGCGGACGAGAUAAGGCAGAAUCUUAAGCUUGAAGAAAGGUCUACCAAAUGGAAGCCUCUUGAGUUUCCUCUUAGAGAGCUUUGCAGGGUUUUCAAAGAGGGCGAGAUAUAUAUUAAGUAUUGUUUGGAGUCGAAAGAUUGGUGGGGGAAAGCACUCACGCUUUCUCAGAACAGCGACUGCGUCGAGUUUCAUAUUCAUAAUUUGCUUUGUUAUUUUCCUGCGGUGAUCGAAGCGAUUGAGAAUGCUGGUGAGAUGUCGGGUUUGGAUCAGGAUGAGAAUUCGAAGAAGAAACUUAUGCUUGCUAGGAAAUAUGAUGUGGAAUGGAAUGAUCCAAAGCUUUUUCAGUGGAGAUUCGGGAAACAGUAUUUGGUUCCGAAAGAGAUUUGCAAACAAUUGGAGACUGCUUGGAGAGAAGAUAGAUGGAGGCUCAUAGAAUCAAUCAAGGACAAAAAAUGUUCUUCCAAAUUCAAUUGUUCGAAGAAUGAACAAAAUCUCGCAGAUAUGUUGUUGAAGAAACUAAUGAAUGGUUCCGAAAAAACAAAUAAUUGUAACAACAAUAAUAAUAAUAACAAUAAUCAAUUAUGGCCAAUUGGGAUUUUGUUAGGAGCCAAGGAUUACCAAGUGAGGAGAAGAUUAGGAAGAGGAAAAGAAUAUAAGGAAAUUCAAUGGUUAGGACAAAGUUUUGCUCUGAGGUAUUUUGUUGGCGAGAAAGAAGCUUACCAAAACGAGAUUUCGAAUUUGAUAUCGCUUUCUCACCCAAACAUAUUGCAUUAUCUAUGUGGUUUUUAUGAUGAAGAGAAGAAAGAGUUUUCUCUUGUGAUGGAGUUGAUGAACAAGGAUUUGUGGACAUACAUGAAGGAGAAUUGUGGUCCUAGGAGACAGAUUUUGUUCUCUAUACCUGUUGUGGUUGAUCUCAUGCUUCAAAUGGCAAGAGGCAUAGAAUAUCUUCACUCCAAAAAGAUUUAUCAUGGAAACCUCAAUCCUAAUAGUAUCCUACUAAGGGCUAGAAACUCACAAGAAGGUUAUUUUCAGGCCAAAGUUGUAGGAUUUGGUUUGUCAUCUGUGAUAAAUGGUGACAGCAAUGCUGCUAGAACUUCGCCGACGCAUAAUCCGAUUAGUGAAGAGAUUAACCCUUUAAUUUGGUAUGCACCUGAGGUUUUGACUGAGCUAGAACAAACGAAAAAUGCUUCCACUUGUAAGUAUUCGGAAAAAGCUGAUGCGUACAGUUUCGGGAUGAUAUGUUUUGAGUUGUUGACAGGAAAAGUUCCUUUUGAUGAUAACCAUCUUCAAGGAGAUAGAACCAAUCAGAAUAUCAAAGCAGGAGAGAGACCUUUGUUUCCACACCGUUCUCCGAAAUAUCUUGUGAGUUUGAUUAAAAAAUGUUGGCAAACCGAUCCGUCUCAGCGUCCUAGUUUCUCGUCUAUUUGUAGGAUUCUGCGCUACACGAAGAAGUUUCUGUCAACGAACACUGAGUAUGUUAUGAUCAAUCCUGAACAAAACCAGCUCGAACUUCAGAACCCACCUGUGGAUUGUUGCGACAUUGAAGGAACUUUCCUCAAGACUUUUCCAUUGGAGACGGCAUGUGAUAUGUGUCGUGUUGCACAAAUACCAUAUGAAAUGUUUGCCUAUAAAGUGGUUGAGAAAGGGAAGAUCAAUAGUCAGAGUCAGAAUAAUAACAUUACUAUUAAAGAUAAGUGUUGUGAGUGUGAACCAACAAAAGAUGAAGUAAAUGAUGAUCAAAGCAAAGUUUAUGGAGAUAUUAGUGCAUCCAUAAUGGAAGAUCAAGUAACCAACCCGAAAUCGGUAUCUGGUGAAACACGAUCGAUAUUUUCUGAUAACCCCCCAUCAAAGAAGAGUGUUACAAUAAAGCUACCAGUACAAAUGAAGGCAAAGAAAGACCAAGGAAAUUCAAAACUACAAGUAUCAAGAUCAUUACCGCCAUUAUUGGCUGGUCGCGCUACAAAGACAAAUAAGGUGAAUCAAUCAUCAUUUGCAUCAAGUCCUUUAAGCCCGGGUAGAAGGAGACCUAGCACUUUCUCAUCAGAAUCUGAGCGUAAUUCCAAUAUCGUCAAAGGGAAUCAAUCACCAUUACCGUCAACUACAAGCUCAGUUAGAAGAAAAAGAAAUGAAGGAGGCAAUGUCUCAGAUUCCAAGUCUUCUAGUUUAAAGCUGAAAACAAGAGAUCAAUUAACAUGUACCAGUUUAAAGACAAAAAAAGCACCUCUUCCUUUGAAUCCUUCUCUGAGUCCAACAAGAAUGAGAAGAAUUAAUAGUACUAAUAACAUGCAUGUAAGGAUGCAAAAAGGGUUCAUCUCAACACCUCCAAUGAGUCCUUCGAUGAGUCCUUUAAGGACGUGUACAAGCAAAAAAUGUGCUCAUUUUUCAGAUAUGGACAGUGGUUUGAAGAUACGAGGUAGAUCGUCACCAUUCGGAAUGAGUCCUUUGAGUCCAUAUAUAAUAAGAAAAACAGCAUGCGGCAAUCUCUCUGAUUCAGAGAACAGUUUUAAUACGAAAAGAGGAAGCUUGUCACCAUUUACAAUGAGCCCUUUGAGCCCGUACGUAAGAACAUCAUGCGGUCAUGUCUCAGAUUAAGGACUUUUACGUCUUUCAGCACUUGUAAAAGAUUGGUUUGGUUUUUGCUUUAUGUUCUUUAGCAGUUAUUAGUCCUUAGAGGAUUAGAUCAUUGUGAAUCAAACAGAUUUUCUCUUUUAUGGGGCAUAUAUUUCGUUUAAGGUGUGAGAAACAGAAAAUGUAGCUUUUAUGGGAAGGUUGUAUGGGAGGGUUACUUAGAAGUGCUAGUUUUGUCAAUGGCUGUAUUAUUCUUUAAUUUUUUUUGGAUAUUUUCUGUGUUUUAGAACUGGUUUAUUUGCAACUGAAUUUUGGGUGGAUUUUUUUUAAUAAUUGGAGGUUACCUCCCUAA